AUGGAGGGGGAGUGGAAGGGCGGAGGAGCCUUCCUCGCCUGCUGCGUCCUCGGGGCGGCGGCGGAGGAGGAGGAGAGGAAGAGAGAGGGGGGAAGGAGGGCACUGGCGGAGGGGGAGUUCCUCCGCGCCGUGCGGGGGUUCGGGCCGAGCCGGAGGAAGAAGAGGUCGGCCAGGCAGCGGCGGCUCGUGGUGGGGCCGUUCUCACCCGCCGACGCUGCUACGGCGGCGCCGCCCGCGCCGUCGCCGGCGAACCCAGUCACCGUAAGUGCCGCCACCUACCUUACCCAACUAAAGGUCUGAUUUUGCACAGCAGUAGAGUUGCGAUAUAUAUAUAUAUAGAUAUAUUUGGUGUUUUUUUCGGUGGGUUGGUAAUUCCGACUCCGUCGGAUCACUUCGAGCGGGCUGUGGACCGUCCAGAUCAGAAUCACAGGGAAUAGGAAGAUGGAAUCGGUUCCUGGUUUUCUGCCACUCUAGAGAUCAUGCACAGGGUACUCAAAAUGGGAACCAAGAGAGGAUUUUCUGGUCGGAUUUCCCGGCCUGGAAGAGAAAUCCCAAAAUCUGGAUCUUCUGGUGGAUGAAUGGAUUUGAGGGGCGACAGCAGGGUUCAGGAGCUGAGAGGACAAGGACUAGCGUAAGGAUCAAAAGACUUCUACAGGUCGAAUGAUUUGGAGGAUGGCGUUGACCAUCAGCAAGUCGACCGUAAGCCUAUGGCGGAAUAGCCCGGUGAAUCUGGCUGAUCUGUAGACGCUGGAAAGUUAUUUUCUGAAAAACAUCGCGAUUAAUGUGAAGAACAAUGGACAAGCAUUUUAUCUGAAUCCUAUCAGAUUUGGUAAUAUCAUGAAGAUAAUGCAAAUAAUAACUUGAAAGGCACUGCAAUAAUAUUAAAAUAAUAAUAAUCCAAAUGUAAAUUGACGAUUGAGCAGAACAGAGACUAAUGAUGAAAUUAACCAACAACGGGUGAGUCUGGGGAUUAAAGGAUUUUCUUUCCCAAUGGUUGUACUCAAUUAUACACCCAAUUGAGCAGAAUUAAGCAAUGGUUUAACCGUGGUGUUCUCGAAGUAGCCAUUUCGAGUAGCUCAAGAUAUUCUUUGACCUUUCUUUACAGGGCAGUGAGAUGGACUUGGGCAUCUCUGAUCUCUACUUCGACGUAAGCUUUCUUUCUCAUGGGGCAGUGAUGGAUUCCCAGCUCAGAUUUCUUUGUGGGCAUCGCUCUGAAUAUAUUUUUUAAUGAGUUAUUUGCAGCAAAACAGGGGAUUAUUAAGGUUUCUUCUCCAAAAGGAACUCAGGAAGAGUGAUGUGGGAUCCCUUGGAAGAAUGGUGCUUCCAAAGGUCGGCUUUCCCAUGCUUUAUAUUCUACCUGUGAUUAUGUCUAUUCCCUUGAUUCCCAUGGCUUCUCUUCAUUUUCAUUCCGAAGUGGAGUAUAACGUGAACUGGAACAUUUUAAGCAACUGUUACAGAAAAAAAUAAGAGACCUAAAAUUUUGUUUCAGAAAGAGGCCGAGGCCCAUUUGCCUGUCCUCAUGGCUAGAGAAGGGAUCUACAUGUGCAUGGAAGAUAUGGAGACUUCUCAUAUGUGGACCUUCAAGUACAGGUGCGAGAUUGGCCCUCUUGAAUAUUUUUCAGACUUUGUACUCUCUCUUUUUUGUUCACUGGGUAAUCAUGUAUAGAGGUGAUCACAUGAUUUCCAAACUUCAUAUCCCUGGUCCCAAAACCAGUUUCUGAGUUUCUUUCUCAUCUAUGGUUGGCGUUGGUUCUCCAUAGAUUCCUCUCUAAAGAAUGCAGAGUGUGCUGUCUCCUUCCUCCACUGUGAGUCAAACGAUGCCUAGUAGAACAGUUUCUUCCUUCCUAGUGUAUCACCAGCCGAUUUAUCAUUGGUGAUUUUAUGUGUGAAGAAAUAUAAGUUCUAAGAGGGAGGAUGAACCUUUCAAAUUUUAAAUUCGCCUUGCCCAUAGUUGUAUUGUUUCUGGAGCUGACAGAUGUGACAGCGAUGGUUUCAGUAUUUGAUAUCAGAUGGAUGAGAAAAGUAAUCAGAUUAGAUGUUCACUCAACAAUAUGAAAGACUCAUCUAAAUAUCUUCAUGGUAUCAUCCCCAAUUUGCUAUUCCAUUCAGUUUGUCUUGGCAGCUGGCCUCAGUUCAUUCAAUGGUUCCUAACUUCUUUGUUCCACAUAAGCUAAUGAGAGCAGCUCAUAGAAGACACCCUUUCUUUCUUUUAUUCUGCUUUGGUCAGUUGAAAAUAUGAUUAGCUCGUAUAAAGUAAAACCACUUAGUCAAAUGAUCUGGCGAGACUCUAGUAUAAAAAAUAAGGAUUGAAUCUCGUUUCUUCUGUUAUUGGGAAGUUGGAAAUCCUCUAAUCCUAUCCUAAUAUACCUUCUGGAUUCCCUUCUUUCUGUGGAAUCGAGCAGAUUCUGGCCUAACAACAAAAGCCGCAUGUAUAUCCUCGAGAAUACGGGUAAGUUCCUCAUUCUCCAAACUUCAAUAUCGGCAAUGUCCGUAAUCGAUCUCUCAUAUUAUCUUCUUUUCAUCAGUAUAUUACUAUGCCUCCUGAAAUUUUGCUUCCAGAAGCGUUUACAUUUGGCCUACUCCCAUUUCUUUCUCAGGGGAUUUUGUCAAGAGACAUGGCUUAAGGCUUGGCGACUUUGUUAUGCUCUACAGGGACGAUUACAGGCAGAGAUAUGUAAUGACCCCCCCCUAGACCUCCCUAAUAUUCGGUUCCAGGAAGGCCAGAAGCAACAGGAAUUCCCUAAUAAAAUCAAUUUGCAGGUCAUUCGAGCGCAGAAAGCAUCAUACCGAGUGGCGCCAUCAGCUUCGGCCGAGAGCGCCGCGUCCAGAUCCGGCGGCGCGAAAGAUCAUCUGGCGGCGGAGGUGGCCGAUUGUUACGCCGGAUACUCGGAUGCCUACGACGAUAUGUGCCUGGCGAUGGAUGCGUCCUUCGCCUUCUCGGCCGACUUCACGGUGGGCCUUCCCAACGGGAUUCUGGAUAGCCCUGCCGCCCUGGAGUCUGUUCCCAGCUUGGGAUCCAUCGAAAACCUGUCGCUCGACGACUUCUCCUAA